GAACGCGGUAGUAUUUUCAGGACGAGGUAUUAAGUACUCCAAGAAGGCUGAACCCAUGUAUCAUAAUCUUUUAUUAAUGAAAGGAGACGUUCCAUUACAAUUAAGAGCAAGAUUAUCGCCGUUUUUCACACCCAGUAAACUUAAAAACAUGUUUCCUUUGUUAUUACAACGUUCGGAGAUUUUCAAUAAUUGGUUGGAUACGCUGUUAUCGCAAAAUGAAGAAGUAGAUUGCAAAAAAAUUAUUACGAAACUCGUUGUUGACUAUACUACUACUUGUAUGUUUGGUUAUGACAUAACUAAUAUCGAAGAUUUGGACAGCGAAAUUAUACAGUAUAUAAAAAAGUACACUGACAUAACUACAUUGAAAAAUAUGUUGAAGAUAUUGCUACCGGAUUUUGUGAUAUAUAACAAAAUAUAUGAUUUAAUCGGCUAUUAUUUGUUUGAUAAUAGUGAAAUAACAGAACAUUUUAAACGCUUUGUGAAAAACAUCGUGAAUUACAGAAAAGAACAUGACAUCUUCAAGCACGAUAUUGCCAGUAUAUUUAUGGAACUUAAACAAAAAAAGUUGAUGGAAAAAACCGAAUUUACAGAUGAUUUCUUUGUUGCGCAAAUGAUGGUGUUUUUCAUAGCCGGAUAUGAAUCAUCUACUGCAACAAUAUCUAGUACGUUGUAUGAGCUAGCUUUAAAUCACAGUAUUCAGAAUAGACUUCGUGAAGAAAUAAGAAACUUAUUCACAAAAAAUAAUGGAGAAUUAACAUUCGAAGAUGUAAUGACGAUGCCCUAUCUAGACGCAGUAUAUAAAGAGACACUGCGAAAAUAUCCAAUAGCAGACACAAUAAUGAGACAAAGCUCAACAGCUUAUACUUUCAAAAAUUCCGAAGUAACUAUCCCAAAGGAUCAAGUAGUUAUUAUACCUAUUUAUGGUAUUCAUUUCAAUCCAAAAAUAUAUCCCAAACCAGAAAUUUACGAUCCUGAAAGAUUCAUCGGUGAAGAAGCACCAUCUAGACAGGCAAUGCAUUUUAUACCUUUCGGUCACGGUCCAAGAAAUUGCAUUGGUGAACGGUUAGGUAUACUGCAAGUUAAAAUGGGACUUAUUAAUAUUGUGCGAAAUUACAAAAUCGAUUUUUGCGAGAAAACACAUGAAAAAAUGUGCAGGAUGGAAUUAUUCGUUCAGCAGCUAAAACACAUAUACCUGAAAGUAUCCAAAAUCGAUUAAGAUCCUAUGCUUGUGCACAGUCUUCAUAACUAGAAAUUAGCAUGGAUCUUCCGUAAAUCUGCCACAGAUUUCCCACGAGAUUAACCAACAUGCGAAUUAGCCACAAAUAGCAUAUAUGAAUACAGUCAAAUAUUGGGCAGAAAAUAUACCAAACACAGAAACACAUUAUUACAAUCUAAAGAUUUACAAACUACUACUACAUAAUAAUCUAUUACUUAUUGUCAGCACAAUGCCGAUAGUUUUUACUUAUUAUUAAUAAAGAAAAUAAUUGUUUUCAAGGAAAAG